AUGAUGGCCGAGGUGGAGAAGGAUGAGGAGAUUACGGGCAUCACGGCCGCGAUGACGGCGGCUUUGAAUGAGUUUCGCGCCAGUCUGCGGCCUCCCGAGGACUACGACGAGGCACGCGAGAAUAUUCCUUAUGUGGACACGGAUGACUACGCCGACUUCUCACCCAUUGAGUCACUUUUUGACGAUCGUCUGGCGUUGGUGUGGGAACUUGUGUCGGGGGAUGGAGAUGGUGCAGCGGGUGAAAGAGCAGUGCGGCACCGCCGCGCGAUGUUAAUGCUGCUUGUUUUGACUGUGAAUCUUGGAAGACUGGCGGAGUUUGCAGGGGCGGGGGCGGAGGUCGUCGAGGAAACUGAGGAGCUGAAGGAGAACGUAACGUCAGUAUGGCAGCAGCUAUUGUACUCGGACUGUGGACUCACACCGCCAGAAAAGCUGGAGUGGAAGGAGGUUGUACAAACAUUUUUGGGGGCGCCGUAUGACACACCGGCAUGA